AUGCUUACCACUACCUUCUUCAUGGCCCUAGCUGGCCUUUCCACCAUCAUUGAGGCAUCCCCUCUUCAACCUCGCGGCGGAAACAAGCGUGGUCUUGCCUUCCCCAAAAACCACAACGGCGUUCCCGGUUCCCAGUACACUCACGCUUUUGAUGCCACCUCCAAGCUUGGCUGGAUGUACAACUGGGAGGCAGUCAUUGAUGGUCAACCCAUCGACCUCGAAUUUGUUCCUCUGCUUCACUCCAACCAGCAGUGGUGCACUGAGACUUGGUUCAACAACAUCGCCAACGCUCGCAAGAACUACAAGGUCUCGCACAUCCUGGGCUUCAACGAACCAGACCAGGUUGGCGGCGGAGGCACCAACAUGGACGUGGGAACUGCCGUGGCCGCGUGGAAGGCAUUCAUCCAACCCCUCGCCUCCCAAGGACUCCGCCUCGGCUCUCCUGCCGUCACCAGUGGCAACGAGCCCAACAAGGGCAUCAACUGGCUCAAGAACUUCGUCUCCAGCUGCAACGGCUGCCAAAUCGACUUUGUCGUAGCCCACUACUAUGCCUGGGACAAAGCCGAAGACUUCAAGAACUACCUCAUCAAAUUCCACCAAACCUUCAACAAGCCCGUCUGGGUCACCGAGUUCGGCGUCACUGAGGGCAACGCCGACCAGUUCCUCAAGGAGGUUCUUCCAUGGAUGGAUGGACAGGACUGGAUCGAGCGUUACGCUUACUUCAUGGCUGCCCCUGCUACCGACCAGAAGCUUCUGAUCAACGCCAACGGCCAAGGUCUGAGCAGCACCGGAAAAAUCUACGCAACUUUGUAA